GAGAGAAGCUGCCCUUGCAGGUGCUAGGGAGUGGGUAGGACGUUUGCUGUCACUUCCUGGCCGGGUGGCCUCGGUUGGAGUAAGUAUGAAAAUCACCAGGCAGAAACACGCCAAGAAACAUCUUGGCUUCUUCCGCAACAAUUUCGGAGUCCGCGAGCCAUACCAGAUCCUGCUGGACGGCACCUUCUGUCAGGCGGCGCUGCGAGGCCGCAUCCAGCUGCGGGAGCAAUUCCCGCGCUACCUGAUGGGGGAGACGCAGCUGUGCACCACCAGAUGUGUGUUAAAAGAAUUAGAAACAUUGGGAAAGGACUUAUACGGAGCAAAACUGAUUGCACAAAAAUGCCAGGUUCGAAAUUGUCCCCAUUUCAAGAAUCCAGUGAGUGGAUCAGAAUGUCUGCUUUCCAUGGUGGAAGACGGCAAUCCUCAUCACUAUUUUGUGGCAACACAGGAUCAGAAUUUGUCUGUGAAAGUAAAGAAGCAGCCUGGAGUUCCUCUCAUGUUUAUUAUUCAGAACACUAUGGUGUUAGACAAGCCUUCUCCCAAAACGAUUUCCUUUGUCAAAGCGGUAGAGUCAGGUCAGCUUGUGUCAGGACAUGAGAAACAGAGCAUCACGCAGCUCAAAGAGGAGCAGGGUUUACUGAAAAACCCUGAACAGAAAAGAAGGAAAAAGCGCAAGAAAAUCAGUGGCCCCAAUCCUCUCAGCUGUUUGAAGAAAAAGAAGAAGGCACAGGACACAAAAUCAACUCCUUCUGAAAAGAAAAGAAAAAGAAAAAGAAUCCGGAACAGAUGUACCUCCAAGCUACUUUCUGAAAAACAGAAUGCAGAAUAAUAAUGAAUCCUUUGGAUACUUUUAAAGACAUUUGAAUGUGAAAAAUGAAUGUAUUUUUAAAACCAUAGAAGUAUUUAUAAUAAAAGCCUAAACCUAUUUUUGUAAAUGAA